AUGAUACGACAUCAUGGACGACUCACCUCAAGCCAUUGCAUUCGCUCGGUCUUCAGCGGAUGUAGCCGGUGUGCUUCAAGUACUCUGAAGAUUGAUUUUAAAGCUCUUGACGAAAAAUGGAGGAGCAAGUGGGAAGAUGACUCGUUCAAGACCAAGACCAAGACCAAGAUCUCAGAUGGAGACAAGGGAGACUUCUACUCCUUGGUCAUGUUUCCUUAUCCGUCAGGUAACUUGCAUUUGGGACAUCUUCGGGUCUAUACUAUUAGCGACGUGGUUGCCAGAUUUAAGCGCAUGCAAGGGUAUAAUGUCAUCAACCCGAUGGGCUGGGAUGCGUUCGGGUUGCCUGCAGAAAACGCGGCCGUUGAAAGGGGGAUUGAUCCCGCGGUAUGGACAGAGAGCAACAUUGCACUGAUGAAGGAGCAAAUGCGGUGUUUUCUAGCGGACUUUGACUGGGACAGAGAGAUCAGCACUUGCUCGCCGGAGUAUUACAAAUGGACGCAAAAGAUCUUUCUUUUGUUGUUUGCCAAAGGUCUUGCGUACCAGAAGGAGGCGGAAAUAAACUGGGAUCCUAUAGACAAGACGGUUCUUGCCAACGAGCAAGUGGACGCGGAUGGAAAGUCCUGGCGAAGCGGAGCCGUUGUUGAAAAGAGGAAUUUGAAGCAAUGGUUCAUUGGGAUCACCUCCUACGCCGAUAGACUCGUUGACGAUUUGAAGCAUUUGGAAAACUGGCCCCAAAGCGUCAAGACAAUGCAGAAGAACUGGAUUGGGCGCUCGCUGGGAGCGCUGAUCAAAUUUCCAACCAACGAUGGCGACCUCUUGAAAGUCUACACCACGCGCCCUGAAACUCUAUUCAGUGUCCAGUUUAUCGCACUAAGUCUAGAUCAUCCUAAAGUGCAGCAAUUGGCAAAAACAGACAAGGAGUUGGCUGUCUUUUUGGACAAGGCAAAGGCUCUUGAUUCAAAUUCAAAACUGGGCUACAAGCUUCCAAACUACAGAGCCUCCAUCCCGAUGGAUGUCGAUGACAGCAGUCGCCAGCAGUACGAACUUCCCAUCUAUGUGGCACCCUACGUGUUGGGCAGUUACGGUUCGGGCGCAGUUAUGGGUUGUCCUGGGCACGACGCCAGAGACUAUGAGUUUUGGAGUCUACAUGAACCGCACCAACGUGUGGUUCAAGUUCUUGGUCCCAAAUCAAUCAAGAAUGCGGAAUUGCCCUAUGUCUCCAAAUUCGGCGUGAUGCGUGAUUCUGGUCCCAGUUCUAGUUCUGGUUCUCUCGAACACGGUCUUGGUGACUUGGGCAAGUAUGCUGGAAAACUGGGGUCUCAAGCUGCCGAGCUUGUUGUCGAAGCCCUAUCUAAGCUCAAACUUGGGGAAAAGACGACUCAGUUCAAGUUGCGAGACUGGUUAAUCAGCAGGCAAAGAUACUGGGGCGCGCCGAUUCCAAUCAUCCACUGCGACACUUGUGGUCCAAGUGCAGUUCCAGACGACCAGCUCCCCGUGCUACUCCCCAAAAUCGAGCGUCAGCACUUUGCCAGCGGUAAUCCCUUGGAGAACGUGGCUGAGUUUGUCAACUGCAAAUGCCCAUCGUGCGGGGGCGAGGCGAGAAGAGAAACGGAUACCAUGGACACGUUUAUGGACUCGUCUUGGUACUACUUGCGUUAUUUAGACUCGCGCAAUGAGAACAUGAUGGUGAGCAAGGAAGCUAGCAACGCCAUGCCGGUCGACUUGUACAUCGGUGGCGUGGAACACGCCAUCCUUCAUCUCAUGUACUCCAGAUUCAUUGCCAAGUUUUUAAGAGACGAAGGUAUUUGGAGCGGUAAAAAGCCCCAUGUAGACGAGCCGAUAACAACAUUGAUCACCCAAGGGAUGGUGCACGGGAAAACAUUUGUUGAUCCAAGCAAUGGCAAGUUCCUCAAGCCGACGGAGCUCGAUUUCACAGACUCAGAAAGCCCCACGAUCAAGGGCUCUGGAAAUAAACCACUCGUGACAUACGAAAAGAUGUCAAAGUCCAAACACAAUGGAGCAGACCCCGGUGAAUGCGUUCGAAAACACGGCGCCGAUGCCACGCGGGCUCAAAUCUUGUUCCUGGCUCCCGUUCCCGACACGCUUUUAUGGAACGAAGACCAAAUAGCAGGUGUGGAUCGAUGGCUCCGGCGAGUCAUCUCGCUAUCGGCUCUCGUCGCUGACUACGAGCCGAACGGCAAGGACAAAGAAAACAAAGGAGGAGAAGGAGGAGCUGUUCAUGCCAGCGUUUAUUUGCAGCAUGCGAAAAAUGGCGUGAAAGUAGACCUUGGCGAAGCCGAUUUCAAGUUUUACAACGAGAUACAGCGCUUGAUACAGAACAUCAACAAGUCUAUCGGCGAAGUUCAGUCACUCAACACGGUCGUUUCGGAUUUGAUGAAAAUUACCAACAUUAUCCUGGAGGCCACCAAGGAAAACCAGUGCCAGAAGGAAUUGAUCAGAGACUCGUAUCGCACGCUAUUGGUUUGCAUGGCGCCCGUGACCCCAGUAACGGCGGAGGAAUGUUGGGAGUUGCUAAAUUCAAUUGAAAAUCGCGAGCAGGCAUCGAUUUUCCACGAGCGUUACCCUACAGGGCAACUCCUCGAAUCCUCGUUUGAAAAGUACAACAUAUUUGUGAAUGGGAAAGCAAAAGGAACGGUGGUAUCUGAAAAGAGUCUCGUGGACCAGACUGAUGACUGCGUUGUUGAAUUCAUUCAAACAAACACCGACUGUGGGCGUCUUAUUUCUGGGCAAAUCAAGAAGCUCAUAAAGAAAAAGGGGUUGAUAAGCAUAGUGACUUGCAAAUAA